GCAGCAUUGUACGCCGGGUUCAAUUUCUCGUGCAAAGAUCCUUCUUGCGGACAUCGAUGAGUCGAAUUUGUGUAGCGAAGGUGGGUGCGUCGUCGUCAAGGCUCGGCAGGAUCUGGUUCUCGAGUGCGAUACAGGGUCAACAUUUCUUUAAAACCUGCCAGCAUUUUUGUGACGAUGCUGUAAUUUCCGAGCCAGCUUUUUCCGACCUCGACCGGCGACAGGGCAAGUCAUCGUCGUUUCACCCGGCGGGCGUCUGCUUUAUUUGUGGAAGACCUGAUAUUUUGGUUCCAAUUGGCGAAGAAUCCAUCGAUGGCGUAAUGACAUCUAUCAGCGAAGUGCGAUAUUUAAUGGUGUGCUUUAUGUCUUGAAAAAUACCCUUAGAGAGGUCGAAGCUUUGUUUCUCGGCAUCAAAGGUCUUACCACGAUGCUGACUGGAUGAGAAAUCUUGAGUUUUUGAAAGCUAACCGCUUUCCCAUGUACGUGGAUAAUGAGAGCGACGAGGGAUGUUCCAAGCAGCAAAACAUGAUGCAGUCUAAAGUAUCAACAGCAGAAAGGCUCAGCACUCCGAACAUGCAAGUUCCAAGAGUAGCUGAGGAACUGAAGGUGCCAUUGAUUCGGAGUUUGCUCACCAAAGCACUUAAAGCUCAGCAUGUCGAACGGUUCAAGCUUGCAGGAACCAUUUUUCGGGAGGUGUUACAGGUGUUACCAAAGCAAAGAAUUUGUCUUCGCGCUUUAGGGGCCAUGGCUUUGGAAAUCAAUCAUUAUCCAGAAGCUGUCAAUUGGUUACAGGAAGGAGUUCGAGAAUAUCCAAAUGACGCACUAUUCCACACACGACUGGGUGAUGCUUAUUCUGGUCUUGGCAAGUAUGAGGAGGCACUCGAGAAAUAUGAUCGUGCACUUGGCCUAGCAGUGGACAACCAGUCCCUAACUGCCAUCAGCGACUUGGACAAAAUGACCUUAGCAGAUGAGACGAUUUCGAAUGUAGAAAAGAAUCACACUGAUGUGAAGUCAACUUUCAAGAGGGAUCAAAUUAAAGAACCAGACAUCGAUGAUUUAAAUGCUGGAGAUCUACAGGGUGCCGUAACCUUGGACGGACUCAAGAUUGCUUGUGCAAAAGUUCUCAGCAAGAUGGGUAAUGGAAGUCUCGCCAACGCUAUUCUCAUGUGCAUUGCAGGAAGUAUUGAAGGACAGCCCUGGCAAUAUAGAUGCUCUUUACGAGUAUGGUGGUCUCUUGCUUAGUCAUGGCCUUAUCAAAGAUGCAGUAUCCGUCUUUCUCAAGCUUAUGAUAGCCAGACCCGGUAGUAAGAAAAUUCGGAGGAGCCUUUCAAAAGCUUUGAAGCACCAGCAAGGUUUGGAAUCACUGAAGAACGAACUUGCUCCUGAGGCUAUGGCAGCUCCUGCCCUUGCGUUUAUUGCUUCUUGCGUCAAAGAUUACGGAGCAAUUAGUGAGGCAGUAGAACUGUACGAAAUGGCAAGCACAAUGUCACCCUCAACUCCUGGCUAUUUUCUCAGUCUGAUUCAUUUGUAUGAGGUGACGUAUGAAUAUCACAAAGGUCUUGAGAAGGCAGUCACUUUCUUCCGCAAUGCAAAAUCUUCUAUCAGAAAUCUGUCGUACAGAAGUGCCAUUGAAUGCAUUGAUAACAACAAAGGGAUCAGUCAAGACCAAGAAUCAAAUCCUUCAGAAUCUCAUGUAGGAGUAGAAUAUCCAAGAUGGUGUAUUUUGCCAUCUAGGGACGUUGAGGCAGAACAAGAGAGACAUGUUUUGGUAAAUAAUAAUCAAGAGAACGAUGGCAGUGAUAGAGGAACCUCGUGUAACUACGACGAAAGCAACCUUGAUAGUCUUGCGGUGGUCUUUACUGCGACCAAAAUCUUGUUCAUUAGUGGAUUUCUUGAACGUGCCAGUCGAUUAGCAAGGAUUGUAGAACCAGCUCGAGCAGCAUCCGCCAAACCUCUACAUCAAACCCUCGUGCGCAACGAAGCUGCCUACUUCACUUGUUUGCAUCAGAUUCUUGAGGAUUAUCCAAUACCUCUACCAUUCGGACCGAUUGAAAAGUCCAAUGCUCUCUUUUUGGCUGGGGAUAGUCACUGCCUUUCAGCGGCAUGGAGAAGGGUUUGUCUAAGGGGUAAAGAUUGUGUCCUUAUACCUAAGUUAGUCACAGGUUUGAAAAUCUGGCACCUGAGACCUGAAAGUGAUUUUUAUCCGAAAAUUGCUUUCGAAAAUACCAUGAAAAGCAUUCCAGAUGUGUCCAAAGUGGUCAUGCUAUACGGAGAAAUUGACUGUCGAGAUGGGAUAAUAGGAGCAGUUGAGAAGGGCAAAUAUCAGGAUAUCGAGGAAGGAGUACAAGCCACUGUGGACUUGUAUAUAGAUAUUCUUCAAAAGCUUGUCACAGAGAGGAGGUUUGAGCUAUUUGUGCAUCCUAUACCGCCAGUGCUUAAUGAAACGAGGCCGUUAGUACAAACUUUUAAUCGUACCCUUGAGCAAAGAUUGCUCUUUUACAAGAAAGCUCAUCCUGCAAUUGGAGGCCGACUCCACUGGUUGGACUUCGUCGCGGAUCUGCUUACUGCAGAAGGUAGUUUGAAGGAAGAGUUUCAAUUGGAUGGUACACAUUUGAGCCCAAACUACUAUCAUCUGCUACGUCGUGAAAUUGCGAAGGUCUGUUAAGUUCACUUUAAUGUAAGUGGUAACAUGGAAGUGGAAGUUAAUAGUUAGUCCAAGUUAUCGAUCCAAGUACCCUUGACGCCACGAUAAAUAUGAUGUGGUCAUUUUCUCCUUCAACCGGGGACUGCCCAACUUUCAAGAAAUGUACAUUUCACAGAGCUUAGACACCAGACUUUGAUGACGGCCUCACAAAUUGCCAUGAAACUGCCAGUCGAUUAUUCCAUAAUUAUUACAGUAUAUAUAGUUUUUGGGAUGGACAUACACUGACAGCUCUCCCUUUCCGUCCUCAAUGUAUAGUGGAUGGUACCGAAACACAUUUCGUUUGCUGGACUUGCUAGUUCUUGUUAGCAUCUACAUGAAACAACUCAUGGACCUCGGCCACUGUGAGGAUGUUAUUGCACUACCAUCAGCCUUGAAGUUGAGCAUUUACACAGAGCAAGAUCCUCGAGUUAGUGGAUGGAUCACGAGAGCGGAUCGAAGGGUAUUAGUUGGCAGCUACUGACGUUGUUCAUCGGUUGUCAACAAGGUUGAACUUGAAGCUCUCUACAGUUCAUGAUUUAGAUCUCUGUGAACGUUCGUCCGCGAGAGUCGUGGAUAACGUUGUAACAGCUCGCUUGGCCCAGCAUGUCUUGAUGCUUAGAUGAAGACAUGGCUAAAAACCCUCACUUUGACAUAGUAAUAGCUCUUUUCUGUAAAUGACUCUUGAUUGAUUGUAUCGAUAUCAUAUUUUCAAUUCG